AUGGCUGAGACUUCUAAAGGGAAUCAAAGCUCCGGCCAGGCACAGUGGAUUCGGCAGGACGAGAAACGAGACGUUUCAAUUGAACAAUCGUUGUGCAAUAGCAUUGCUGCUUUCGCCGCAAGAUGGCUACCAAUCACCCCUUCAGAUGAUUUAGUCGGCAUCGAUAACCUGCACCAAAUACAGACCAUGUGGCGACAGGCUCGAAGGGACAUGCUGAGAAUUAUCAAUCGCCCCUCGUAUCGAUCGAUGCUGUCCCUUUUUCUCUUUGCUUUGACUCCCAUCCCGAUGGGUAUUUCGGAAGACGAGGAGAUGGAUGGUGUCUCUGGACAAGUUUGCAUCCACGCGGCUUUGCAACAAGUCCAGUCUCUUCGGGCCCGGCAAAGAAACCUACAGUUCAGUGGCUCAAAAGUGUUUCCGUCGUUGAGUUCGGCAUCUAUAUGUGCCACUCCAGAAGCUGCCGAUACUUCUAGUUUUAUCAACGCGGAAAACAUUGCAUACUGGGCAGCAAUCACAUUUGACACAUCCGCAUCUCUCACCCUCAAUUGCAGACCACUUCUCUCAUCAGGGCUCUUUGGCUUUGAGUCCGAAUUUACGUGGAAAUUGGUUCGGACUUGCUUGAAUGUGUUUAAUGAAUCUUCAAAGAGUUGGCGCCUAGGCAGUGCUGAGAUGACAGAUGAAAGAGCCAACGAGAUUAUCGCAGCUGCCGCCUGCUGGAAGCUGUUGACUUGGAAGCUGGCUGCCAAUCUCAAAGAAGCUCUUCGGGAUGGCCACGAUGAGCAUGAGGUUCGAAAGGCCCUUUCCUAUGUUAGCAGUUCCAUUAAGGAGUUUGAUACUACAUUCCGUCCUUUUCUUGAUGAAUGCUACAAGCGUAUGCAGUUCCUUGGUCAGCAAACAAAGCUUCGUUGGUUCUCUUUGAUGCUUCAUUAUUCUUUGAGCAUCCUGAUGGUGCUGGAUACGAUAGAAGUCGUAGAUCGGUACGACUUGCUUGUUGAUCUUAAAGAUGCUAGUGUGGAAGCAGAAAACACUGUCAUAAAUGCACUGGCAUUUGGUCUUCAUAAUACCAUUACGUUGAGACGAGACAUCGAUUCUCCUUUACCAGGUCUACCUAGCGGAGGCGGAACAACUCGUAGUAUGACAUUUACUGCUCCCCUUAUCGCCAUCGAUCCUUAUCCACAUCAUGUGGUGGCGUGUGUGCAACUCAUGCGCAAAGCCAUCGACCGAGACUAUAGGGAUAAAAAAAUCACACAGGAAUCAUAUGACAGCUUAAGCUCAACUUUAGAAUCAGCGUUGAAGCAUCUUCCCCAGAGCUCAAAGUCAGUCCAAGCAUCUCGAUAG